AUGACUCUUUUGUUCAAAAUGUACGGAUUAACUUAUCGUGGUAAAGCCGCGCUUCCAUCGUCAGAAGCUAAAACAAGGCAGUGCAUCUAUCCCAAUUAUGUAAAAGAAUCAAAAGCAACAGAACCAGCACCAGCAACUGCAACAGCAACUGCAGGGGUUGAAUAUCACCAACAUACUAGUCAAAUUAAUAAUGUACCACUGCUAUCGCAACCGCAACCACAACCACUGUUGCAACAGGAAAUGAUGUUUGACGUUGAUGUGGGUCAACACCCGGCACAAUUCCCAAUAGAAUCAAUUGACAGUUUGGAGUUGUUCUGUGCAGAAGAAGAAUUAAAUAAGCCCAGAUUUGAAUUGAUUGAUAUAACACCUCUGUCUGUUUCAACGGCAACAGAUUCAUUAACAGAGCAAUUGCAUUACACGGACUUAUUUGACCACGAGACUCAGGAGGCAGUUUCGCCUUGGGGCCACUCCAUUGCAACCACAUCCUCUUCUGGUAGCCCAUCACAUCUUUAUUCCAAUAGAGUUCUUAAUAUCUUAAACGAGGAACAUGACAAAGUUGCGGAAACUAAUGAGGUUGAUCAUCUUACUCGGAACUUUGUCCUUACGCAAGCCUCAAAUAUAUUAGGGAUUCUGAGAUUUGAAUUGCGAUUACUCAAAUUCUUUGAUGAAGCUUGUGUUCCGCUUUUCUCGUAUGAAGUAAAUGAUGGAAUCCACAAUGCUUGGAAAUAUAAGGUACCACCCUUGUUCCUCGAGAGCGACUUGGUUCGUCGGUCGAUGUUUUCGUUUGCUGCUAUGGGUCUUAGUGCAACCAUGGAUUUGAACCUUUUACAAUUGGGAGAUAAUUACGAAUAUGGAGAAGACCAAGCUAGACUAUUACAAGCAGAGUCAACACUGCAGCAAAAUUCACAUCCCAAUAAGUUUCCGAGAUGGAUCCAGGAUAUUGGAUCAAACAUUGAAGUUUACGAUUUUGAUACCGAUUGUAAGCUGAAUAUGUUUCUGCUAACUACAAAGUACUUUCUUGAUGCAUUGAGCAAGUCUCAGGAAAAAAUUGGGCAAGCGACAUCUCAAAAGUAUGGAUUUGAAGAUCCAUUUAUAGCCAAAGAGCUUACAGUUUCUAGUAUAUUGAUUUUCUCAUUUUUGGGAAUACAACCGAAUCGCUUGAUUAAAUUGAUCAAUUUCGAAACAAAUGGCAAAUGCAAAUCCAAUUCAAAAGAUAACUUUGAAUGCGAACUAGAGCCUAACAAUGAUCCUCAAGUUGAACCCAGAGAUAAUCCCGAGGAUGAACCUGAGCCGGAUAUGAUCAAGGUUUCUAUUGGGGUGAGGGAAACCAUAAUAAGCUGUAGCUCUACAGUUUUACAAACUGAUCUUUGUGGUCUUUUGUUUUUCCGCGCCAGCUUUGAAGUUGGGUGUCCAUCACUUAAGGAGUGUCGAUAUCCAGUAAUAAGAGAUCUUGUAAUGCAUUUGUACGAGUUUGAUGAGGUUUCAGAGUUUGGCACACUUGACGAGCACAAUGAAUCUAGAAAUGUCGAUGAAUUCGACUCCGAAACAGCUCUGGAAUUGGAAGCGUUGAAGGGUGCUAUAACGUCUUUAAUGCUUGGAAUGUAUGGUACGCUGUACCACAAAUUCCCCAUCCCGUUAUUUCGAUUUCUCAUGGUGAUUAAAGAUGAUUUCCAGUCUUUACUAUAUAACAAACACCCAUAUGCAUUGCGUAUAUUGUUUGUUUAUUCGUGCUUAAACUCAUUUGCGCGCUUCCAAAUGUAUAAUGACCACAACAUGUGGAGAGACUACAUCUUGUGGUAUAAGGAAGAAGUACAAAAACAAGGAUGGAGAUGGUAUGACAUGGAUGAAUGUUUGUAUUAUUUAGUUGUGGAAAAGUACUACUUAAUGAUCCAAUAUGCCGACUUUCCACAAAUUGAUCCAAUAAAGAUUUGCGCUGAAGAGGACAACCAAAUGGCAGUAGAUAUAUAA